GACGGUGCGCCGCCUGGAGCACCUCCACCACUUCAUGCGCCCGCCCCGCACCUCGGCUCCAUCGGCUUGCAGGCGGCGCCGCUCGGUGAGAUCGGCUUGCAGGCGGCGCAGCUCGGUGAGAUCGGCUUGCAGGCUGCGCCGCUAGCGGAGAUCGGCCUGCAAGCUGCGCCGCUGGCGGAGAUCGGCAUCCAACAGCUGGGGUCGCAGGCCGCGUCGUCGCGGGACGAGGUCGCCAACUUGACUCAGCUCCCGAAUGACCCCAUGCGCACCAAUGAACCAGCGAGCUUGUCCCAGCUGAUCUCCAAGCUGACUGACAUCUACAAUCAGGCGCAAGGCAACACGAAGUUGACGGCCGUCCAGAAUGCAUACUUCAACAAGCAGGCGGAGGACGACGACAAGACGAAAGACCGAUUCCUGGAAGAAGCCCAUGCAACGGGCGUCGUACCGUCGAGGGGCGCAUUGGGCAACCGCUUCCAUACCUUCUUGGAUGCGAACCCAGAUGAGAGAAAGAAAUACGAGACCACCAAAGGGAACAUCGCGAAGGCAGACUUCCGCAAGAGGUGGUUCGACGAGGAGUGGGUAAAGUACAAGAAGAGGCGCACGGUGGUGGAGAAUAUGGCGGAGAGCUGGGCUGACUUCGGCACCUACGAGCCGUUCGAGGUCAUUGCAGGCAAGGAGUCUGGGACAGGGAUCACGUCAUCGGGAGCGGAGGCCGCGCUCAACAUCUGCCUCAGUUGCAUCAAAUUGGGCGGAUAUUGGUGCAAGUACAACUGGCAGAGCAAACGCAUGGAGUACUUGUACAUGAAGUCGGGGUACAAAUACAAGUUCGAGAAGCAAUACAGCGAGAUCACUGAGAUGAUGGAAACGAACGCCGCAAUUCCAACCGUUCCAACGGCCCAACCGACCCCAGCUGCUCCAGUGACAAUCGCGGGAGGCGGAACGGCUUCAGCGGCUCCAGCAGUUCUGGAAGGAAGAGACAACGUGGUAGACCCGACGAAGAAGCGCAACAUCGAGAAUGUGACACCACCGCAGCCGACACCAAGGGCGAAGAAAAUGCCGAGAGGAAAAGCUAAGGCUAAGGCGGGCACCGCGCAGACGGGUGACGUCGACGGGAAGACUACCGACGCCGAGCAGGAGAAGGAGAGGAUCAAGCAGCUCAAGAAGACGCAGAAAACAAACAUGGAAUGCGCGCAGACGUCCAUCUCGGAGUACGGACAGACCGUGACCCAAGCAAACCUCAUCCUGGACAACAUCAAGUCGCUGCCCGAAUGGAAGUGGGCCAACAACUCCGAGGGCGUCUCGGGCCUGCAGGAGAGCCUGAACGCGCUGGUCUCGGCCGCCAUGGGGAGCCAAUUCAUCAAAGAGAUUUUGAUCACUGACAUCGCAAAAGUGAAGAGACAGAUGGCAGAGGAGACCUUCGACGACAAGAUCGUGUCCGUGACCCCUGCCCUGGAGUCGCCGCUGAAGAAGCUCAAGGCCGAGAUCACCUGCCUGCAGAACAUGCACAGGGAGAAGCAGAG